AUGCUCGUGGAUGAUGUGGGCGAUGUGACAAUCACCAACGAUGGGGCUACGAUCCUCAAACUGUUGGAUGUUGAGCAUCCAGCAGGCAAGAUUUUAGUGCAGCUUGCACAGCUACAAGACGAGGAGGUUGGUGACGGGACUACCUCGGUGGUUAUUCUUGCGGCUGCACUACUCAAGGGUGCUGAUGAGCUAAUUUCUCGUUUCGUACACCCUACAACCAUUAUCAAUGGCUACAGACUGGCUUGCCGUGAAGCUUGUAAAUACAUCCAGGAACAUUUAAAAAUGGAUGUGACGAAGCUUGGCAAGCAGGGUUUAGUGAGUGCGGCGCGUACGGCCAUGUCUAGCAAGCUUAUUAAUCUGUAA